ACCAAAGAGAGAUACCCAUCCUACCACAAUCAAUAGUAAGCACUAACCGCAUAAAACAAAUACAAGAAGUUGAUUCUCUUUUUGCUUGACGUACCCGAAACGACGCCUAAGGAAUUUAUAUUACACCUAAAGAAUUUUGAGGAUUUUUUCCCUAAAUAUCUCCUGACGCGGUUACCUACGAACCACCCAUUAUUGGAUCGCUCUGAACCGAAUGGGUCUCACCGUAAAACCCGCCGACGCAAUGUCUGACCCGGAACCCGGAUCCGGACCCGAAUCCUCCCUCCUCCUCCUCCCUCACGAGGGCUCGACCUGCAAAAUCCCCUCCGAUUCCUUCCACUUCGCCUACAUCAUCUACUUCACGUUGGGCGUCGGUUUCCUUCUCCCAUGGAACGCCUUCAUCACCGCCGUCGAUUACUUCUCUUACCUCUACCCCGCCGUCUCCGUCGACCGGAUCUUCGCCGUCGUCUACAUGCUCGUCGGCCUCGUCUUCCUCCUUGUGAUCAUCCUCUUCUAUGCCCAUAAGUACAACGCCUGCAUCCGCAUCAACCUCGGCCUCUUUCUCUUUGUCCUGGCCUUGCUCGUGGUCCCCGUCAUGGACCUGGCCUACAUCAAGGGCCGGGUUGGGCUCUACACCGGAUUCGACGUCACGGCCGUCGCCGUCGCGCUCUCCGGUGUCGCCGACGCGCUUAUGCAGGGCGGUCUCAUCGGCGUUGCCGGUCAGUUGCCGGAGAGGUACAUGCAGGCUGUCGUUGCCGGAACCGCUGGCUCCGGAGUUCUUGUUUCAUUUCUGAGAGUCUUAAGUAAAGCUGUAUAUCUUCAAGAUCCUGACGGGCUGCGUAAAAGCGCGAAUCUUUACUUUGCCGUGGGAAUUGUUGUAAUGGUCAUCUGUUUUGUAUUCUACAACGUAGCUCAUAGACUUCCGGUCAUUAAGUAUUAUGAUGAGCUCAAGACCGAGGCUUUAAACGAGGAGAAACUGGCCAAUGGUGCUUUAACUGGAUCGCUAUGGAGAAAAACCCUCUGGGACAUUGUGGUGAGAGUCAAAUCUUUCGGUUUAGGGAUUGUUCUCAUAUACAUUGUGACCCUCUCGAUAUUUCCCGGCUUCAUCACCGAGGAUGUUCAUUCUGAAUCUCUCAAAGACUGGUACCCUGUUCUGCUCAUUACGGCCUACAACGUGUUUGACUUGGUGGGUAAGUCUUUGACUGCUGUCAUUACGCUCAAGGACGAGAAAAUUGCUGUUGGAGGUUGUAUUGCAAGGCUGUUGUUUUACCCUCUCUUCUGGGGUUGCUUGCAUGGACCGCCGUUUCUCAGGACAGAGAUUCCAGUAACUCUGCUUACAUGUCUGUUGGGACUCACUAAUGGCUACUUAACGAGUGUUCUGAUGAUUCUGGCUCCAAAAUCCGUUCAGCUGCAACACUCGGAGACUGCAGGUAUCGUCAUCGUGCUGUUCUUGGUUAUCGGCUUGGCUGCUGGGUCGGUCUUCUCUUGGUUCUGGGUCAUCUGAUUCACGUAACUGUAUUUACAUUCUGCAAACCUGUGUAAAAAGUUUAAACUCAGCUUCAAUAGUAUAUGAAUCCACGUAUUUUCACUAAA